CGGGAGGUCACAGUGCCGGGUGUGUCCAGAACACAGACAGUCUGGCAGAUGAACGUCCAUGUCUUUCUCCUUCGGCUUCAGCGGUGAUGAUAUCGAGGACGACGGAGAGUCCCAAGAGCACGAGGCCCUCGCCAGCAAGAUCUCCGAGUAUACGUUAUCCGAGCCAGGAAAGUCUCCUCCGCAUGCUACCAUCCAGCCACAGAGCCAUUCGCUGGCAGAAUUGUUAGCAUCAUUGCCAUCCCAGAUAUCGUACAGCAAGCUGCAUAUACCCCAGUCGACGGACCAUGGCUUCCACGACACCAAAACCAACGACAACGGCGCCGAGACCACGCUCUUCCGGCGCUCGGUGUUUGACAUCCGCGCCCAGCUCAUGACCGAAGCGAACCCCUCCGCCGAAGAAGAGGAUGUCGCCAAAACGCUCCUCUCGGGCCUGGAAAGCGGCGACCUCUCGUCAGGCAUCUACGAAGGAGGCUUCAAGACGUGGGAAUGCGCGCUUGACCUAGCCUCCCUCGUCGGCUCGGACCCAGACCUCUUCGAUCGCGACCGCACCCCCUCGGCUCUGGAGGAGGAUUGGGAGGUCGUCGAACUCGGCGCGGGAAGCGCCGUGCCAAGUUUGGCGCUCAUGCAAAAGUUCCUCGAGCGGAGGAAAAGUCACCACCCGGCGCGCGGUGGCGGGAGCCUGAGGUUGACGUUGUGCGACUACAACGCCGACGUGCUCCGACUGGCCACCGCGCCCAACGCGCUCCUCAACUACCUCUUUGCUUCGGGGAAACUGGCCCCGUCUCUCGACGAGGGUGGCCGGGACGGAGACCUCGACCUCGAAGAACUGGGAGGCGAGCCCUUUGUGAACCGCACCAUCCAGGACAUGGCCUCCGAUCGCAUAUCGAUCGAUUUCAUAUCGGGGGGAUGGGGCCCGGAAUUCCUCGACCUCAUCAACCCAUCGUCACCGCGAGGAUCAGGAGGGACAGGCCAGCAACACCGGCCCGCAACGAACCUGCUGAUCCUCGCUUCCGAAACAAUCUACUCGCCAUCCUCGAUCAGGGCAUUCUCGGAAACCGUCCGCGCCCUCUUGUCUCCCCACUCCCGUCGUCCCGAGACCCGAACGGGGCUGGCGAAGGCACUCCCGCCCAAAGCCUGGGUCGCUGCAAAGAGAGUCUACUUCGGCGUUGGGGGCGGAGUGGACGAGUUCGUCAGGGAGAUGGACGCGCUUGGUGGGAGCACGCGGGUUGUCAUGGAAAUCAAGGAUGCGGGAGUGGGAAGGGUCGUGUUGGAGGUCACACCCCCAGCUCCUCCAGAUACUACUUCUGUUUCAUAGGGGGAGAAGCAAUAGCAAGCAAAUGGAAGGCCGAGAGUGGACAGCGAACAAUAAUACCACAUCAAUGGAAAAGGCAGUUAAGAGGCCUGUCGAGCCAGAAUGAACACACCCCUAGUUGCUAUGG